AUGACCUUAAGCCAACCUUUUUGUGUGUGGCAGUUGUUACAUUUGCAAAUGUCAAAUUCUGUCAUGAAUACCACUCAGAAAGUUGAUCCAACGGAACCAGCUGCUAAGAUUGCUCAGCAAGCCUCACAGUUCAAACGAUGGGGACGCAAGCAUCCAUUUGUUCGAUAUGGCCUUCCGCUCAUUUCUUUGACAGUGUUUGGUGCGGUUGGUCUAGCUCAUCUCAUACAGGGAAGCAAAGAAGUAACAAAGGAAAAGGAGGACAUGGAAUGGGAGGUCGUAGAGAAAACAAAAGCUCUGAGCCGAACAGGACCAGUGGAAGGGGCUUAUAAGCCUAAGAAGCUCUCGCUAGAGGACGAACUGAAGGCUUUGCAGCAAAAGGUGGACAUAAACAGCUACGACUACAAGAGAAUUCCCAAACAAAAUGAAAACAAGUGA